AUGUCACUAAGUAAAAGGGUUUAUGAGAUUGCAGUUGUUACAAACUCAUUCAUCAAUAUAGCAGAAGGUUCUGCAAAGAUUGUUUCAAAUGAUGUGUGUGAUUUCUACCGCAAUAGUAAUAUAGUAAACACAGUAAAAAGCCAAUGUGAUUCCAGCAAAUCUAUGUGGGAUGAAGCCCAAUCUUUAUCACAACAAGCAAGAAGACACGCUGCAAGGAAUGCAAGCUCAUUUAAUGGAUUUCAACAAACACGUGCUUAUUCAACUAAGUCAUUCUACCCAGGUGAGGAUGUCAGUCUAGACACUGAUACAUUACCUGUAAAUACAAACUUACCAGAGAAGAUUGCUACCAUUGAACCGGAAAAACCAAAAUUGAGAGAGUUUGAACUAACGCAAAGUGAGAUACCUAGUUCAAGGUUGGCAAGAAUUUUCCACUACGGAUCAUUGGCUGCUAAUAUGAGUUUAAAUGCUGCUACACAAGGUUUGAAACAUUAUGCAUCUGGUAAUACAUCCCCUAUGACAAUGAAGUCGUUAUUCUUGUCACCAAAAAAUAUUGAAAGUAUGGCUAGAAAGUUUUCCAAAAUGAGAGGAGCCGCUUUGAAGAUUGGACAGAUGCUCUCCUUUCAAGAUGCAUCGAUAUUGCCCAAGGAGGUUCAACAGAUUUUGCUUCGAGUACAGAAUUCGGCGCAUUAUAUGCCACCAGGACAAUUGGAAAGAGUCAUGGUUGGUGAUUUAGGAAAUAACUGGCGUGAACGUUUGUUUACCUCAUUUGACGACGUACCUAUUGCUGCUGCUUCAAUUGGCCAGGUACACACUGCUGUGACUGAAGAUUUGACUCCGGUGGUUGUCAAAGUACAGUAUCCAGGAGUGGCAAACUCCAUUGAUUCUGAUUUGAACAACAUGUUAAUGAUUUUGACAGCUUCAUCGUUAUUACCAGCUGGAUUAUUCUUGGACAAGACAGUUGCAAACGCCAGAGUUGAGUUGAAAUGGGAAUGUGAUUAUAUUAGAGAAGCACAAAAUUUGAUAAGAAUGAGGGAGUUUUUGAAAGAUGAUGAAGUAUUUGAGGUACCAAGGGUUUUCCACAAUGCAUGUGGUGAACAUGUUAUUACCAUGGAAAGAAUGAGGGGUACCGAAAUUGUCAAGGGAAACUGGGACCAAUCUACCAAGAACUGGAUUGCCACACAAAUUAUGAGAUUAUGUUUGUUAGAAAUUAAGAAAUUCAAGUUUAUGCAAACUGACCCAAAUUGGGCCAAUUUCCUAUUUAAUGAAAAAACCAACAAAAUUGAGCUUUUGGAUUUCGGAGCCGCUCGUGACUACAGCGACAAGUUUAUCGUUAAUUAUGUCAGAUUGUUGCGUGCUGCUGUUAAGAAGGACCCCAAAAGGGUUGAAGAGUUGUCCCUCGAGUUAGGAUAUUUGACUGGAUUGGAAUCUCCAGGAAUGACUCAGGCUCAUGUUGAUUCGGUUAUGUGUUUGGGUGAAGCAUUCUCACCAAUUGACAACAAUGGUCAUCCAUUUAAUUUCACAAAGCAAACAAUCACUGACAGGGUUAAAGGAAACAUUGGUUUAAUGUUGAGUGAAAGAUUGACCCCACCACCUGAAGAAACAUACUCCUUACACAGAAAAUUGAGUGGUGUUUUCUUACUCUGUGCAAGGUUGAAUGCUACUGUCCCAUGUGAAGACUUGUUUAGGGACAUUAUCGGUUACGAAGAUUAA